AUGCCGGCUUGUUGUCAAAUGUUAAACAUUUCUCACCCAUAUGAUCCUGUAGCAAAUAAGUUUGUCUUGCACAUCCAUUACAAUGCUACAAGAGUAGAGCCACUUGUUUGUAAAGAGUUCCUCACCGUACAUCCAGUUAUUAUUCCUUACCAUAGAGGUGGAAAGAGGCUGCAUAUAGGAUUCCAGGAAUUUACCGAAGAAGUAGCUGCUUGUUCUCAGGCAAUAGUGGACCAGUUCAACUCUGUAAGGGCUAAAGUACUUACAGUUUGUCAAUCGAGAAAUGCAGAUGCCCUAGAAGUGGCAGAAAAUGCCGAAGAAAGAGAAGAAAGAUCAUAUGGUGUUAUAAUGAUGGAGAGGCUAACUGGAAGUGCAGAAGGACGGAUAGAUCACAUGCUUCAGGAUAAAACAUUUGAACAUCCUUAUUUACAAGCCAUUGGAUCGCAUACACUAAGCUAAUUGGCCUUGAAGCAGCUGCACUCUGUUGCAUCUGGAUGGCCCAUCACAUGGUCUUGAAGGCUUCUUUAAACAAGAAGCAUAAAAAUUGUUUUUCAUUAGAAAUCAGAAAAAUUACCCUUUCUACUUUUUGUGCUUGCCCUGCGUUAAUCAUACGAACUCAUUAACCUUGCUUCUUAUUAGCAUUCAAAAAGUGUUUGUAAAGUGUAGUUUCUGACACAGUAGAUUGCUUUGUUUCCCAGUUCUUUCUGCACAUAGGUAGGCGUAUGCACCAAAUCAAGUUACUAUAUGUUACUUGUAACAUAAGUUAUGUGUUGUAGAAAUGGAGAUGUACUUGUAACAUAAGUUAUGUGUUGUAGAAAUGGAGAUGUACAUAGACUACAAUAAAAAGCUUUUAUGCUUUGUUGGA